UAAAACUAGGCAUUAAAGACUGACUUUUCUCCGACCCUAAUUAGAAAUAAAAUUGUAUAAUUAAUAUUUUGAAUUACAUCAUGCAUAAUUAUAUGUUUUCGCGCGGGAAAAGAUAGUGAAGAGUGUUUGUGCUUUCGGAACGUUUUUCGAAACAGUGUUUAUUAUAAUUUAUCAUCCAAUAUCGAUCACGCAUUGAAAUCAUUGGAUUUUAACGACGUUUUUAUUUAUUAUACUUAUUUAUUUUAUAUAUUUUAUACUUCUUAUACAUGAAUCACGUUCUCUCUUCGUCGUUGUGGGAACUAACUUAUCGACUACUAUCAUUCACGAUAUGGAAACUGAUGAAACAAGUGGUAAGUUUUUUACACUAUGUUUAAAUACUUAUGGGGAUGCACAUCAUGCUGUUUGCAAACAGAAAUAAACUUUCUAACAAGGUGAAAAAAAAAAAGAAACCUGAACAUACUCCCUAUGCCAUUUUUGUAUACAACUUGAAUUUUUCCAUUCAGUUUUUUUCUAUUGUAUAUAGAAUGAAACGGAAAAGGUCUUGAAAAGUGAAGAAGAAAAGGUUUUAUCAAAGGCGUUUUUAUUCAACGAAAAAGAAGAAGAAAGAGAAGAACAUACGCUUGGUUAAACCAUCGACAGAAGAGAAGAGCAGUAUGUUUGAUAUGGAGAGAGAAUGGUGGGUUUCGCUGGGAAAUGAAGAUGACAAGAAUGAAACGGAAAAGGUCUUGAAAAGUGAAGAAGAAAAGGUUUUAUCAAAGGAAGAUAGUUGUAAGCAGGAAGAGAGAAAAGUGAAGAGUGAGAAAGAAAAAAAGAAUCUAAUUCAGGAGGAUGGUUGUGAGAAAAAUGAAAAAGAAGUCGAAAGUGAGAAAGAAAAAAAGGUUCUGGUGAAGAGGAACAGUUGUAAGAAGACAAAGCGAGAAGUGAAGAAGAAGAUGCAACAACCGGGAAAAGUGGAACAGAAUAUGCUCAAGCGACUUGGUUUAAAGGAAUCUGCAGUAACACAAAUGAAUGAAGAACUUAUGCCAAAAGAUUUCAUCGAUGAUUUCGAGUUGGAGGGCGAUGUACUUAACAUGGAGACGGAACGGUUGCGUAAAUACUUUGAUACCGAAGCAUGGGAAAUUUUGCGAAAGAAGGUGGAAGAGCUCAAAAAUGAUUGGAGUUGUCUGGUAUGUAGGGAACCAAAAUACACCAACAUGAUCGCUUGCGACGGAUGCAACAUUUGGUUUCAUUGGGAAUGUGUCGACUUUGAAAGCGAGAAAAGUGAAGAGAUAUGGAGGUGCGAGUGUUGUAGUGAAGCUGAAAAAGUACUGUCAGUGUCACAAUAAUGUUGAAAAACGUUGAAGGAGAAUACCUUUAAAACUAGUGUUAUUUCUUCACCUUUAAACUUUGUUAACUUUAUAAAUAUACAUUGAACGUUAUA